CACGCUUGUCUGUAUAUGUUUGUCUGUCUGUCGUUUUGCCUGCACAGUCGGCAGCCAGUAGCUGACAGGAAUGGAUCGCAGGUCAUCCAACUGCCGUCCGCGGACGUUGCCCACUUGGAAGAAGCAAUCACAGGCAAUGUGACAUCCUGCGACGGUCAUCGCAGCGUGGUUAUCGUGGACGCCCUUUCAUGCCUUCUACGCGGUGGUCAGUCUGUGUCAGCCUGCUGUCGUGUGCUCAAGAGACUGUCUACUAUUGGUACGGCCACCACUGGUACUAGCACUGGACAAUCAGGCUCCACCGACAGCAGUAGCAAUGCCAGCACAAGCUCCGGGACCAACACCAGUGGUGGAGGCAGCGGUGGUGUUCGUGUAUUUGUCCUGCUACACGGCGAUCUUCACUCUGAGUCGGUCUUGGCACAGCUUCGGCACAUCUCCAACAGUGUCUUCUCGCUAUCCGCACCACCUACCGGCAGCUACCAAGUUAAGAAGUUCUCCUCCAGUGUUGCCGCUCAAGACGUGACGAGUGUGUGCGAUAUGACACAUCGGCGUGUGUCUGGCAAGAUCACCAAGGAGACGUGCCUACUGGCAAUCUCGAGCACACUGCAGCUUCACACGCGUGUGUUUGACGCCAACGCGGAGGACGACACAACAGCGGCAACUGCAACGGCGCCUGGCAGCACAGCCCCCGAUCCGACGGCCAACCUGACGUUCAACUUACGCCUGACCAGCAAGGAGAAAGAGGCUCGCUCCAACGUCGUCUUGCCGUAUACGCAGGUGCAGAAACGCGAUCGCUCCGUUGCCGGAGGUCCCUCGUCGGGUCAGCUCGGUGCCGCGGGUGGUGGCCAGAUCUACUAUCAACCGGACGAUGCCGACGAUUUCGACGAGGAAGACCCGGACGAUGACCUCGACAUUUGAAACGGGAGUGUCGCUGGGUAUCAGUGACCCGUGGAGCUGGCCUGGUGCCGGGUGUCACAGCUGUGAGCGACUGGACUGGAGCUGGGUGUUGCGGCUAUCAGUGACUCGGGCAACAGGACUGGUGCGGUGGUGUUGCGGCUGCGAGCGAUUCGUCCAACUUGACUGGAGCAGGGCUUCAAAAAUUCUCGAAUUUCCUCCGCGGGGAAAUUGCGAAAACGCAAAGCAUUCCCUGCCCGAAUCCUUCACUGUAACCCUGUCGUUGUCAUGUUUAGACUCUAGCAAAGUGCGUACUUGACGUAUGUACUAGAUGCUCCUGGAUGCUUCUCAAUAGCUACGGAACACGCCAUUCUGCAAUGCAAACCAACAAGUUUUGCAAGUUUUUUUUAUAACUUUCGUAAAUUAGACAAGGGUAUUCCAUUUCCUCUUUCCAACGUUGGCUGCGUUAUUUAUUGGUUCGCUAUAAAGCAGGGUGCAUCAUACACGAGUGCACUGGAUUUGGUUGACUGGGACAAUUUUA